GAUGAUUGAGGAAAGUGGGAAUAAGCGGAAGACCAUGGCCGAGAAGAGGCAGCUGUUCAUAGAAAUGCGUGCUCAGAAUUUUGAUGUCAUACGACUUUCAACCUACAGAACAGCUUGCAAAUUACGAUUUGUACAAAAACGAUGCAACCUUCAUCUUGUUGAUAUCUGGAACAUGAUUGAAGCUUUCCGAGAUAAUGGCCUUAAUACACUGGACCAUAACACCGAGAUCAGUGUGUCCCGCCUUGAAACUAUCAUCUCAUCCAUCUACUACCAGCUGAACAAACGCCUCCCUUCUACACACCAGAUUAGUGUGGAACAAUCCAUCAGCCUCCUCCUCAACUUUAUGAUUGCUGCGUAUGACAGUGAGGGCCAGGGCAAGUUGACGGUUUUCUCAGUGAAGGCUAUGUUAGCAACCAUGUGUGGUGGGAAAAUGCUGGACAAAUUGAGAUAUGUUUUCUCCCAGAUGUCAGAUUCCAAUGGCUUAAUGAUACUUAGCAAGUUUGACCAGUUUCUGAAGGAAGCUUUGAAGCUCCCCACAGCUGUCUUUGAAGGACCAUCUUUUGGUUACACCGAGCACUCCGUCCGUACCUGUUUCCCACAGCAGAAAAAGAUAAUGCUGAAUAUGUUUUUAGACACAAUGAUGGCUGAUCCUCCUCCCCAGUGCCUUGUCUGGCUGUCUCUCAUGCACAGGCUUGCCCAUGUUGAGAAUGUCUUCCAUCCUGUGGAGUGUUCCUACUGCCGGUGUGAGAGCAUGAUGGGCUUCCGGUACCGAUGCCAGCAGUGCCACAACUACCAGCUCUGCCAAAACUGCUUUUGGCGCGGCCAUGCCGGUGGCCCUCACAGCAACCAACACCAGAUGAAGGAGCAUUCCUCUUGGAAAUCCCCUGCAAAGAAGCUGAGCCAUGCAAUUAGUAAGUCACUGGGGUGCGUCCCCACCAGAGAACCCCCGCAUCCUGUUUUUCCUGAGCAACCAGAGAAACCACUUGACCUUGCACAUAUAGUUCCUCCUCGACCUCUGACUAACAUGAAUGACACCAUGGUUAGCCACAUGUCCUCGGGAGUGCCCACCCCCACCAAGAGGUUACUCUGUAGCCAGGAAAUCCCCAGUCACUUGGCCGACGAGCAUGCGCUGAUAGCCUCCUAUGUGGCCCGCCUGCAGCACUGUGCACGCGUCCUGGACAGUCCUGGCCGCCUGGACGAGGAGCACCGGCUUAUUGCUCGCUAUGCCGCCCGGCUGGCCGCAGAGGCAGGAAGCACGCCCCGCCCUCCCACGGAUUUGAGCUUUAACUUUGAUGCCAACAAACAACAAAGACAGCUUAUUGCAGAACUGGAAAACAAGAACAGAGAAAUCCUGCAGGAGAUUCAGCGUUUACGUCUGGAGCAUGAGCAGGCCUCGCAACCCACCCCCGAGAAGGCCCAGCAGAACCCCACGUUGCUGGCCGAGCUGCGGCUGCUAAGGCAAAGGAAGGACGAACUGGAGCAGAGAAUGUCGGCGCUACAGGAGAGCAGGAGGGAGUUGAUGGUCCAACUAGAAGGACUGAUGAAGUUACUGAAGGAGGAAGAACAAAAACAGGCAGCGCAGGCCACAGGAUCGCCACACACGUCCCCCACUCACGGAGGCAGCCGUGCCAUGCCCAUGCCUGUGCGCUCCACAUCUGCUGGCUCCACCCCUACCCACUGCCCCCAGGAUGCUCUGAGUGGGCUGGGGGGAGACGUGCAAGAGGCCUUUGCACAAGUGAUUAGAUGUUCACGUCCAGGGUACAGAAGUCCAGGGCCGGCCCCUCCUCACAAGAUGGGCGGGUGUCCGGGGAAAGGUCUGCAGGUUGCACGUGUGUGAAGAGGGCCUGUGGGCUGGCUGGCUGGGUGGGGGCUGUGCUCUUUGGUGUGGGUCGUAGGGAAUGCCUUGUCCUUCUUGGCUUUGCCUCCUCCGGAGGAAUUGGGUGGGGGAAUUCUCAGGGUCAUGUGCCUGAUCUGGAAGGCCUUUGAGAAGAACGGCCCUCUCCGCAGGCCCUCAUUGAAGGCGCAUUCUGCGUGGCAUCGCCACAGUCACCUGAAGAGCUAGUGACCAGAAAUUGGGUGGGAAGGAGAAAGUGGUUAAGAAGCGAGUCUUGCUGGGGCUGUAGACAAAGGCGGGUGGGGCAGGGUCCUCUUGGAGACUGUAGUCCUGCGUAAGGCUGAGAAAUAGCUCGUGUCAUGCUGACUCUGGAGCCCACAUAGUCUCUUCUGGUUGUCUGUGGUGGCUAAGAAGAACGCAGAUGACAGGAUCCUGCUCCGCGGGUGGAGAAGACGGACAGAGGGAGGGGGAGGAGUGGGCUUGGGUGCCGAGGAGCAGGUGGGAGCAGCCCGGCCCACCCUUCGUCUCUCGUAGGUACUCAGCACCUCUGUCCAGUUGCCUGGCAGAACAGAGGCUUUGACUCACCUGUCUCCCCUCUGCCCCCACCCUCCCCGGCCUCGCCAUCUCCUCGG